AUGAAUAAUAAGGUUGUAUCAUUCGCAUUGCUCUUGUUGAGUGUCGCGUUGGCAGCAGCUGUUGUUAACGGAUUGGAAAUUAAUUCAAGUCAGCUCAAGCAAAUCAUGCCAAACCUUCCAAAGUCAAAAGUGGCACAAUACACACAACUCGUGAACGAUGCAAUGGCAGAGGGAAGUAUUGAUACUUGUUGUUCAAUUUCUGCUUUCUUGGCACAACUUGCUCACGAGUCUGGAGAUCUCAACUGGUUAGUCGAAUUUGCCAGUGGAAAGGCUUACGAAGGAAGAAAGGAUUUGGGAAAUGUUCAUCCAGGAGAUGGUGUUCGUUACAAGGGACGUGGUCCUAUUCAAAUUACCGGUAGAGCAAACUAUCGUUCAGCUGGUCAGGCUCUUGGCAUUGAUUUAGAGAAUCAACCUGAACUCGCCCAGACCCCAGCCAUCGGUUUCAAGACUGCUGUUUGGUUCUGGAACACUCGUUCUUUGAAUUCUUAUGCUGAUUGUAGUCAAGCAAACUUUGAUAAGAUCACAAGAAGAAUCAAUGGAGGUUACAAUGGAAAGGCAGAUAGAGAUCAUAAAUUCGCAGCUGCUAAGAGUGUUUUGGGUUGUUAA